CGGUAUUUGCCAGUCUGUCUUUGAACAGUGACACAAUUGUUAUACACUCUCAAUCAUGGGUUCAGACGCAGAAACCAUCCGCAUCGGCUACGUGCCCGAGCACUACCUUGGCCCUCUCCACCUCGCCCUCCGCUCCUCCGCCGCGAACCUCCCAUUCCAAGUCAGCCUGAUCCCCUUCCCGUCCGGCACGGGGCACAUGAUCACCUCCCUCCGCGAGAAGGAGAUCGACCUCGCCAUCGGCCUGACAGAGGGAUGGGUAGCCGGUCUGGCAGGCAAGCAACAGGCGCCCAAAGACCCGUCGACAGACGGAUACAAGGUCGUCGGCCACUGGGUAGACACACCCUUACGGUGGGCGAUUGUGACGGGGCGGGAGAGGGAGGAGAUCCGGUCGGUGGAAGACUUGAAGGGGGGGCGGGUGGGAGUCAGUCGGCUCGGAAGCGGCUCCCACAUCAUGUCUUUUGUGCUCUCGCAAGCCCACCACUGGUCCGAGAAGGACGCCCUCACCCCCGCGAUCCUGGGCCCCUUCCAGUCCCUGCGCAACGGGGUCACGGGCUACGCGACGCCCGCCCCGACGGCAGAGUUCUUCAUGUGGGAGCAUUUCACCACGAAGCCAUUCUUCCAUCCCACGGCGGAGACCCCCCACCCUCCGUUGAAGAAGAUCGGCGAGAUCUAUACCCCGUGGCCGUCGUGGAUGAUCGUCGCGUCGACGGCGACAUUCCAGGGGGAUUUGGCGCAGGAUAUCAGGCUGCAGCGGUUAUUCGAGGUGUUCGAUCAGGGCAUCCAGGAGUUUGAGGCGGAUCUAGAGCGCGUGGUCACGCUGUUGGGUACGGGCGAGCUCGGCUGCACGUAUGGCGAGGAGGAUGCGCGGGAGUGGUUGAAGGAUGUGCGCUUCUCCAAGGGGACCAGGGGCGUCAAGCGCCAGGUGAUCGAGAGCGUCGUGGAUGUGUUGAAGGUCGCGGGGGUGAUUGAUGCGCAGCUGGAUCGGGAGGAGGCUGUUGAACGAGUGGUGGGGAUUCAUCGCCAGUGAACUGCUGCAUCAUCAUGAUGUCUGGCUGGCGGGCUGUCCCGUGGGUAGGUAAAUACAGUUAUUCUGGAUCUCGUGACAGCGAGUGCCCCGAGGGGAAUGUGCAAAGACGACGAUUUCAUGCUAAUAG